AUGGAAGCUGGGAGCAGACUGAAGGGCUUAGAAGAUGGUCGGUUUCAGCCACCAUCCCUAUUCCCAAAUUAUGGGGCUGCAGAGCUCAAGCAACAUCACCUCAAUGCCCCUAGCAGGGAGUGGGUUUUCCUGGGUCUCACGCCAAACCAGCAGGAGAACACCCUGAAAAGGCUUCUGGAGCUGCAGGGGGAGGCCAGGAGAAGGCACCAGAGGGACCGAGAGCAGCAAAGGCUCAGGGUCCAGGAGCGCCUGUGCAUCACCAGGAACCGACGCUCAGGGGGAGACCUCCUGGGGUCCUCACUUACUACCACCCAGCCCUGGAUGCAGGGUGAUGUGGCCCAAAAGAGGUGUGCCUUGAGGGAGCAGCUGGAGCAGCAACACAAGGAAAGGACAGGGUUCCUGCAGGCCCAGCGGGAGAGGAACACUAGAAAUUUCCAGGAACUACUUCGACCCCAAAUGAUAGGGGAGAACCCACUCCUCCCAGCUCUGUUCCAGCCCUCUUGGGACCUGAGGAGGGUCGGUGGUCAAAGGGGCGGUGGGGAGAAAGGCAAUGGAAAGCUCCCUGAUGGGCAGAAGUCAGAGGUCGGUGCUGGCCAGAAUUACAGAAAGGCCAGGGAUUUAACCAACCCCAAGGGCCCAGGAGACCCAGACACAUACACCCACCACAGAAGGAGCCAGCUUUGCCCCACCUGAGGGCAUGUAAUCUCCAUU